ACAUGGAGAAGGGAAGAUAUUCAUUAGGUUACCCCAGGAGCCUGGGACAGAGCUGAGCCGGAAUUCACAUCUGUGCCGUUUGCUCUUCCUAAGACCCCACCCUUAUUCUGCCAAGGGAAAACACUAAUAUGAUCAAGAAAUAAUUUUUCUUUGGCUCUGAAUUGAUUUGCCUGCAGAUUCACCGUCCUUGUUUUGUCCUGGUCUAAAGGCAGAUCCUUCUGGCAUUCCUGUGGUGGCUCAUCCUGAUUGGCUGAGCUUGCCCUACUCCAGUGAUUAUCGACUUCUGGGUCUCUAGUCUCAUUGACUGCCUUUUUCCUGGGAAGAUGUUCCUGGUGGGCCUGACAGGGGGCAUUGCCUCAGGGAAGAGCUCAGUGAUCCAGGUGUUCCAGCAGCUGGGGUGUGCGGUGAUUGAUGUAGAUGUCAUCGCCCGACACGUUGUCCAGCCAGGAUACCCUGCCCACCGGCGCAUUGUGGAGGUCUUUGGUACUGAGGUCUUGUUGGAGAAUGGAGACAUCGAUCGCAAAGUUCUGGGGGACCUGAUAUUUAACCAGCCUGACCGGCGGCAUCUGCUCAACACCAUUACCCACCCUGAAAUCCGCAAGGAAAUGAUGAAGGAGACCUUCAAGUACUUCCUUCGGGGGUACCGCUACGUGAUUCUGGAUAUACCCCUGCUGUUUGAGACCAAGAAACUGCUCAAGUAUAUGAAGCACACAGUGGUGGUAUACUGCGACCGGGACACGCAGCUAGCACGGCUGAUGCGGCGGAACAACCUGAGCCGCGAGGAUGCAGAGGCUCGGAUCAAUGCUCAGCUGCCCCUGAAGGACAAAGCCCGCCUGGCCCGCCAUGUUCUAGACAACUCAGGCGAGUGGAGCAUCACCAAACGUCAGGUCAUUCUUCUGCACACCGAGCUGGAGCGCUCCCUAGAGUACCUGCCCCUGAGGCUCGGGGUCCUCACAGGUCUGGCUGGCAUUGCCAGCCUCCUCUACUUGCUCACCCGCUACCUCCUGCCUUCCCCCUAGCUGGGCACUCCCAAGGCAGGAAGCCCCAGGCCUCAGUCUCUUCAGAGGCUGAAGCUGGGUCACAAAUGCAUCCUGUUUCCUCUUGGCCCUUUCAACACACACACUCUCUCCCGCUCUCUCUCUCUAGGCUGGAGCCCUGCACUGGGCUGACACCCUUCUUUGGGGUAUGUUCUGUCUGAGGUAAAGAAACAGCCCUCUGUCAGUAGCUAUUCUUUCCCAUCUUCCCCAGGGUCCCUCCUUCUGGAACCACCUACAGUGUCCACUGUGGGACAUGAAAACAACCGUGGAAGAGACUAUUAUAUAUUUCUUGUGGGUAGGGGUGAGGAACAUUGUCUCUGUGGCCCUCAACUAUGUUUAAAGCUGGAAGGUUCCCUGGGCUUGGACCCUCUGAGUACAUGCCCCAUUGUGGCCAAAACCUUCAUGGACCAUAACAAAUCAUUGUGGACCAAGGGCUACCACCUUCAAACAGGACUGUCCCCUAGGUUGAUGCCCUUGGACAGGAUGCUGUAAGGAUUCCUUGUGGGUAAUGUAGUAGUUGGCAGAGGCCAGGCCUCUUCUGGGAUGACCCGCUGUCCCACUUUGGCACUUGUCCAACACUCCCCUUACCCUGCUCGCCACCUCCAACCACUCUGUACCUUCCAUUCCAUGUACUCCUAGCCCUGAACUCUUGGUAGUCCAUGUGUACCAUGCUGGUUUUGACCUCUGUGCCUUCACUGUGCUGUUUCCCUACCUGGAAUACCAUUUCCCCCGCUAUAACUGGCUGACUCCCAGCUUAGGCACUGUCUGAAGCCCCAGGCUGGGCUAGGUGCUCUUGGAUGAUGUUUUAUCUGAAUCUAUAGUAUAGUAAACAGCCCAAAGCUGGUUGGUCUCUCCUACUAGACUGUAAGCCCUUUGAGGGCAGGGACUGUCUUAUUCAUCUCUGUUCCUGGUGCAGAGCCUGCCUCGCUGUUGGUGCUUAAUAAAGUGUGUUGAUCUG